ACUCCAGAACAAGAUUCUCUUUGUUGACCAAGACAUCAAAAUAACAAAAAAUGAUAUUGAGGUUGAGGAGAGUGAAUUUUUGCAAAUAUUGGACAGAUAUGAGCAGCAGAUUUAUGAACUUUGCAAGACAGCCAGAGUAUCGAUCCACAAGAAGGAAAGCGACAUGACCCUUGCUAAAGAAGAGUUAAUGACACAAAACCAACAUGUGAAAGAUCGAAAAACAUUGGGCAUAGAGUUUUUAGUGCGUGUUUGUCAGGCAGCUGUUGGACACAUCAGCUGGAAGGAAGAAGAAGCUCUACAUAACAAAAAACAUCUUGAAACUCUGUGCAAGAAUUUGAGUAAAGAGUUAUGAUAAUGUGAAAAAAAUGAGGUGCUAGCGGUACAUUUUUAAUGUUAUACAUUUACGGAUUUGAUAAGAAAU